AUGCUAAAGUUUUCGAAAUAUUUUUACAGCAAUAUUGUUAAUAUUGGUAAUAUAAAAGGGAAACAAAUAAUUAACAUAUAUGUUCAUAACCUUAUUUUAGGUUACUAUUUAAUAGAAAAUAAAUAUUACACAAAAUGUAAAUAUGCUAUAAUUCAUUUCAAAAAUUUUAAUUUCCUCAAAGAUUACAUUAAUGAAAGGACUGACACUCUCACUUUUACAAAUCACAAAGAAUAUCAAGAAAAACAUAUUAAUAAUAAACAAAACAUUUUUUAUAACAAAGAAAAUAAUAAUUACCAUGUCAUAGUUAAUCCUAUUAUAUAUUCACAAUUAAAAAAUAUUUUCCAAAUAAUUCACAAAACAAAUACUUCAAUUUUACAAAACAUUUUAACAAAAUAUAAAAAUGUAAUUCCUAUACAACACCACCAAAUAAUUAAAAGUAAUAUAUGCAUAUAUAAAAAUCAAUAUCUAUUUUAUCUGCAAAUCCCAAAUGAAUAUAUAAAUAUAAUUUUACCUGAAAUACAACUACACUUUAAGAAAGAAAAAACAAUUGGGAUAUUUAAACAAAUUAACAAUUUAGACAUUUAUGCUUUGAUAUCACUUUUUCAUAUUCACACAAAUGUUAUGAAAAAUGUGAAUACUAUACGAGGCAACUAUGUUAGCACCGAUAGGGUUGAGUUCCAUGGACUCGUUUCAGUUUCCCUUUCUGAUAAAAUGACAAGUUUUAUUUUAAAUAAUUUGUGUGUGCAAAUAGAUAAAUUUUUCUCAAAUUUCAAAACAAAAGAAAUAAAUACAACAAUGAAUAAAUCAGGUUUUCAUAAAAUAUAUCUAGAAUUGUUAGAUAUACUAAAUAUUUUAAUAAUAGAAAUAAAUAAAUAUAUAAAAUUUAUUAAUUUCAUUUUAAACAUACUUCUAAAAUCUUUUCAUAAAUACAAACAUCAUUAUAAUUAUACAUAUUCAGUUAAUUUAUUAAACACAUUGAAUCAGAUUAUCCCAUUUCAUAUGCACUCAUUAUAUUUGGUUAGCUCAAAUGAAGAAGAUAUUUCAAACACUUUUAUAAAAAAAAUAGAAAAUAAUUAUUUUUAUAUACAAAAAGAAAACUUUACUUGGAAUAAUAUUAACAAAUAUUAUGGAGAAAUCAAUCCUAAUAAUUAUCUUUCUGAAAUAAAGAAUGAAAAAGCAUUUAUCUCAUAUUCUAUGGAUACGGAAUACUGGAAUGAUCAAUUUAUUCAUUUAAACUACAAUAUUGAAAAUAAUAAAUUCUGGACACAAUAUUGUAUAAUAUUAGUAACGAUUAUUGUUAAAAAAAUUAAAUAUGUAAUGCAUAGAAACGUUUUGAUUGAUGAAAUAUAUGUCUUGGAAGCAAUAAAUACACUACUACAUAUAAAAAAUAAACAAGUUCUUAAUUUAGAUACACUUAUUGAUACAAAAGCGCCAUUUUUGAAAAAUCUAUAUGCUGAUAAAUUGGAAAAUUCAAAGGGAACUGAUAUUGAUGCCCCUAAAAAAAAUGAAUGUUCAGAAAAAAAAAACAACUUUUUACUUUUUCUCAAUUUUUCUUUUAAUAUGUUAAAAAACUUAAGGUACAAUAAUACGAGCUUAAAAAAUUUAGUAUCUAAAAAUAAAGAUAGAGUAGAAAUUUUUUUAAAAAUUAUUUCAUUAAUAAGCAAUAUUAAAUAUUUAUUAACAAGCAAUAUAAAUAAAUGUACAUCCAAAAAUUCGAUGGAAAAUGUAAUAGCUGUAAAUGAUCAUUUUAUAAAAAGACAAAACGAAAAUAUAAAAAAUGCAAAAGUAAUUAACACACUUAAAAAAAAUAUUAACCUAUUUUGCAAUGAAAUCGUACUAGCGUUUUCAAAUUAUCAUACAAUGUCAAAAUCUUUCAGUACUGAUUUUUUAUCCUGCACAAGCCAGAAAAACGUUGCUAUGUACAUGUCAUACAUAUUUAAUGAUAUAUAUUUUCAGAAUAAUUCCCAAAUAAAAAAUAUAAUCCUUAAUCACUUUUUAAAACAUUAUAAUAUUUUAAAUUCAAAUUUGGAAACAUAUAACAAAAAAUAUAUUUAUUUGCAAUAUAUAACUAUUUAUAAUCUUAUAAAACUUUUCCAUAAUGAUAUUAAUAAUACAUCGCCAAAUUUGUACAAUAUAGUGCUAAAUAUAUUUAUGGAAUGUUUCAAUAAUAAUACAUGUUAUAAUCUUAAAAAUGACAAAAUUUCCAGCAUUUCCUAUAAAAAACAAAAAAUUAAUUAUUAUCUACAUAUGUUGAAUAAAUUAUGUUAUUUUUACUUUUUAUCAAAAAAAUAUAUCACAAAUCUAGAAUUUCUAAAUCAUAUAAAUCAUAAUUUUUAUUUAACAUUUCAUUUAAUUAGCCAAUAUAUUGAAAAAAAUAUAAACACACAAGAUUAUUUUACUAAUUUUAUUAACAAGUGUGCAAAUAAAAUCAUAAUUAUAUUAACUGUUCAUAAAUUUUUUAAUAUUUAUUCAGAAGAUCUAAAUAUGUGUGUUUCAAAUUUUAUUCAAUUAACUCAUGAAUAUAUUACUAAGGAAAAUAAAAAAAAGUUUAUUUUAUAUAUUAUUCCAUUUUUAAAAUUCCCAAAAUCGCUCACUGACAAUUUGAAGCGUCUCCUAAUCAAUGCUGAUACAAAUUUUUUUGAGGAAGUAAAUAUACAAAAAGAAAUAACUGGAGAAAAACAGUUGGCUUUUCAGAAUAAUAAUCUGAGAAAUUUUAAUCAGGAGGAUAUUUCGUGUGUAGAAUGUGAGAAAAAUGAAAGUAACUUAUUUAAAAAUGAACAAAUAGUGAGUAAUAAUGCCGAAGGGGUUAAUGUAAAUAAUGAAGAUAUCUUUAGAAAUAAACAAAAUGACUUAGGUAAUAUUUUUUUAAAUUAUUUUAAAGAACAUAAUUAUGCAAACCAAAAUGUAUAUCCAGUCUCACAUAUUGAAAAAGAUUUAACAGAACUAAUUGAGAAUUUAGGAAAAAAUAAAAAUUUUCAAAUAAACAAUAAUACUUUAUAUAAAAUAUUAAAUGAAUAUAUGAAGGAAAAUAAAUUAAUUAAAAAAGAAAAUAUCAUACUAAAAAACAAAUUAAAUUUCAUUGUACUAAAUUUUGAACAAUUUAUAUCAUCAUAUAUAAAUAGUAUAAGUAGCAAUAAUAGUACCACAUCAACACCUACCAAUAAUUCGACUAUUUUUCAUUGUAAAGAAAAUAUUAGUGCAAUAAACACAUUAAUUAUGAACAAGUCAGGUAAAACAAUAGAAAAAGAUAUAAAUAAAAAUAUGGUAGUAGGGAAAAAUGAUACAAUUCAAGAGAAAGCAAAUUAUUAUAAAUAUGAUAAAGAUAAUGUUAAUAAAAUAAAAAACAUGUCUACAGCCUUACAAAUACAAUUCGAUUAUCAUUAUGUUAAUGCUAAAAAUGAAUAUUUUAAUGAAUUAAAAAAGUAUGAAAACAAAAAUUAUAUAAAAGUAAAUAAUAUACUUUUAAAUAUGUACAUGUAUAAUCCUUAUAUUUCGGCAAAAAAUAAUAAAAAAAAAUUAAUAAUUCUACCAUAUGAUACUUAUAAAAAUAUUAAAAAACUUGUUUGUGAGGGAAAUGAAGGAGCAAACGUAUUUAAACGUUUCCAUAAUUCUGUAUACUUUUUUUUUGAUAAAUUAAUGAUUUUUUUUUGUAAAACGCGUAAUUAA